ACUUCCCCAGAUCUCGUCGUCUCGAUCGCGCAUUUCAACAAGCACAACAACUGCAGAGCAAGCGCUCUCGCAUUCGCCCCGUCGUUGGGAUCGUCUUCAUGGACAUCCUAAUCGCGCAAAUCCAAGCGGACCUGCGCUCCAGCGACGCCCUUCGCCAGUCGGGGGCCUUGCUCCAAGCCCUCCAGCAAUCCGCCGCCGGCCGUGACGUCUCCGCCGUCGCGAAACCCGCCUGUGAAGAGAUACUCGCUUCACCGGCCUCCGCCGUCUGCAAGAAGCUCGCCCUCGACCUGAUCCGCUCCACCCGCCUCCCUCCCGAUCUCUGGGACACCGUCUGCUCCGCCGUACGCACCGACCUCGACUUCCCCGACCCCGAAGUCGCCGCUGCCGCCGUCUCCGCUCUCUCCGCCGUCCCCUCCCACCGCCUCCCCCGUCUUGUUUCAGACGCGCACAAGGAGAUAUCGGCAUGCCUCGCCUCCCCCUCUGACUCCCUACGCCACUCUGCCACCGAAGCCCUUGGCUGCGUCCUCGCCCGCGAUGAUCUCGUCCUACUCUGUGAAUCCAACCCCGGCCUCCUCGACCGCGCCUCCGCCUGGUGGCAGCGCAUCGCCGAUAACAUGCUUGACCGAUCGGACUCUGUCUCCAAGAUCGCUUUUGAGUCCAUCGGCCGCUUGUUUCAAGAAUUCGAGUCCAAGCGAAUGAGCCGCCUUGCUGGCGAUAAGCUCAUCGACAGCGAGAAUUCCCUAGCCAUCCGUUCCAAAUGGGUUGCCGCGGCCGUGGACUUCGUCUGGAAGAGCCGGAAUGCUCUAAUGGCGCGAUCUCUCAUUCUUCCCAUUGAGAGUUUUAGGGUUACUGUCUUCCCUCUUGUCUAUGCGACCAAGGCUGUUGCUUCGGGCGCUAUGGAGGUGUUCCGGAAGCUCUCGAAGUCAAGCAACGUAGAGACAGACUCGUUCUGGAGCGCGGAGAAGGUGGUGGGGGUAUCGGAUGUGGUCUCUCAUCUGCUGCCAUUUUUGAGCUCGCUGGAUCCUCCUCUGAUAUUUGAAGUGGGGAUCAAUAUGUUGUCUCUGGCGGAUGUGCCCGGGGGCAAGCCGGAGUGGGCUUCAGCGUCGAUCAUUGCCAUUUUGACUCUUUGGGACAGGCAGGAGUUCUCGUCAGCCAGGGAGAGCAUUGUCCGGGCUGUUGUCACUAAUCUGCAUCUCUUAGAUCUUCACAUGCAGGUUUCGAUUUUUAAGAGGUUGCUUCUUAUGGUGAGGAACUUGAGGGCAGAGUCAGAUCGCAUGCAUGCUCUAGCUUGCAUUUGUCGUACUGCACUUUGUGUUGAUCUUUUUGCAAAGGAGAGUGUUCGCAGAGGGCAGAAACCUCUGCCUGGCACUGACAUCGCUUCACUUUUUGAGGAUUUGAGGAUAAAAGAUGACUUAAACAGUGUAGCAAACAAAAGUUUGUUUAGAGAGGAGCUGGUUGCCUCACUGGUGGAAAGUUGUUUCCAGCUAUCUCUUCCAUUGCCUGAGCAAAAGAACACUGGCACAGAGAGUAGGGUUAUUGGAGCUCUAGCUUAUGGAACUGGCUAUGGUGCUUUAAAUUGGACAGAACCAGCUCUGGAGGUGGUGGAAGUUUGCAAACCCUGUGUUAUGUGGAACUGUGAUGGGCGGACAUAUGCUAUAGACUGCUAUUUGAAAUUGUUGGUCAGGCUUUGCCAUAUUUAUGAUACUAGAGGCGGUGUGAAAAGGAUAAAAGAUGGGGCUUCUCAGGAUCAAAUUCUCAACGAGACAAGGUUGCGGAAUUUGCAGUUGCAGCUUAUCAAAGAUCUUCGUGAGGUACAUACACCAAGAGUAUGUGCACGACUGAUCUGGGCUAUUUCUGAACACUUCGAUCUUGAAGGUUUAGAUCCUCUUCUAGCUGAUGACCCAGAGGACCCAUUGAAUAUCAUAAUAGCAAACAUGCACAAGGUAUUGUUCAACAGUGAUACCUCUGCAAAUACUUCAAAUAGGCUUCAAGAUGUGCAAGCAGUACUUCUUUGUGCACAACGGUUAGGAUCACGAAAUGCCCGAGCAGGACAACUCCUGAGUAAAGAACUUGAAGAGUUUAGAGCCAGUGCAUUAUCUGAUUCAGUUAACAAACAUCAAUCCCGCUAUAUUUUGCAGACAAUCAAAUACAUUACGAAUCACCCGGAGAGAAGAUGGGCAGGUGUGGGUGAAACUACAGGAGACUACCCAUUCAGCCAUCACAAACUCACAGUCCAGUUUUUUGAGGCUUCUGCCGCGCAAGACAGAAAAGUGGAAGGAUUAGUUCAUAAGGCUAUUCAAGAGCUUUGGAGACCUGAUCCCAGUGAACUAACUCUGCUUCUAACAAAAGGCAUUGACUCUACUCACCUAAAAGUGCCUCCGAAAGCAUAUACCUUGACGGGCAGCAGCGAUCCUUGCUAUAUUGAAGCUUAUCAUUUGGCUGACUCAACUGAUGGGAGAGUAACGCUGCAUCUCAAGGUUUUAAAUUUGACUGAACUUGAGCUUAAUAGGGUUGAUAUCCGUGUUGGUCUAUCUGGUGCAUUAUAUUUCAUGGAUGGAUCUCCGCAAGCGAUACGGCAUUUGAGGAAUAUUGUCUCACAGGAUCCAGUGCUCUGCAGUGUGACUGUGGGUGUCUCACAUUUCGAGAGGUGCGCCCUCUGGGUUCAAGUGUUGUACUAUCCUUUCUAUGGAAGUGGUGGUAUGGGAGAUUACGAAGGAGACUACGCAGAAGAAGAUCCUCAAACCAUGAGACAGAAGCGAACCCUAAAGCCCGAACUUUGGAAACCAGUGAUUCUACGGUGCCAACCUUACAAGAUUCCACUAACCGACCUUCUUCUUCCACACAAAUGCUCUCCUGUUGAAUAUUUUCGCAUGUGGCCCAGCUUACCAGCCAUACUCGAGUAUACAGGUGCAUAUACUUAUGAAGGAAGUGGUUUCAAGGCAACUGCCGCACAGCAAUAUGAUGCUUCACCUUUUCUUAGUGGGUUGAAAUCACUCUCAACCAAACCAUUCCAUCAAGUUUGCUCUCAUAUAAUUCAUACAGUUGCAGGUUUCCAAUUGUGUUAUGCCGCAAAAACAUGGUAUGGUGGCUUCCUGGGCAUGAUGAUCUUUGGGGCCAGUGAAGUUAGUAGGAAUGUUGAUCUGGGUGAUGAAACCACCACAAUGUUGUGUAAAUUUGUUGUCCGUGCCUCUGAUGCAUCGAUUAUCAAGGAAAUAGGAUCUGAUCUGCAAGGCUGGUUAGAUGACAUCACUGACGGGGGCGUUGAAUACAUGCCGGAAGAUGAAGUGAAGGUUGCUGCUGCAGAAAGACUAAGGAUCUCAAUGGAGAGAAUAGCGAUUCUUAAGGCGGCCCGACCACCUCCUCAACCUCCGAAACCAGAGGAAGAAGAGGAAACUGAAGAUGGGAAGAAAAAGGAAGAAGUUGAUGAAGAAGGUAAACCGAAAGGACCAUCAACCUUAUCAACCCUCACAGCAGAGGAGGCCGAACACCGGGCUCUUCAAGCAGCAGUGCUACAAGAAUGGCAUAUGUUGUGCAAAGAGAAAGCCUUGAAAGUUAGCUAAUGGUUGUUUUCCUCCAUUCAUUGUACUCCAUUCUGUACUCUAGAUUUUGGUUUGCCUUAAAUUUUUUUUUUCUUUUAUUAUUUUGGUUAUUUUGUUCAUCAGCGAAUUUAGUGUGUAUGGGAUGUAUAGGAUCACGGGAGUUGUUUUGAAUCUAUUGAGGAAGUUGCUACUGUUGUGGAACCUGUGCUGUUUGUUCUUUUGAAAGGUCAUGUUAAUGUAUCAA